GGCCCUCAUUUCUCUGUCUUGUCUUCACAAUCUUACCAAAAAUUUCCCAUCAUUACAACAAUCUAGUAAACACAGAGGCUGCUCAAGAUCCUAAUCACCCAAGAAAGAAUCAUCAUUCAUCAAUCCAUGGCAGCAACUAUGGCUACAAUGGCAAUGCUCAACGCCAAAUGCUUGAGCAUUAACUCAACAAAAAACAAGCCAUCCACAAAACCCAUUUCUCUUCUCUCCAUGCAAAAUCUCCCCAAAGGUCUAACAAUCUCAAAACCAGCAGAUAACACAGCUCUUGCAGGAACCGCCAUUGCUGGAGCUAUCUUCUCUACACUGAGCUCAUGUGAUCCUGCUUUGGCUGCACAACAAAUAGCAGAAAUAGCAGCAGAAGGGGACAACCGUGGCACAGCACUCUUGCUUCCCAUUAUACCAGCCAUAGCUUGGGUGCUGUUCAAUAUUCUGCAACCAGCGCUUAACCAACUGAACCGCAUGAGGGAGACAAAGGGGGUGAUAAUUGGGGUUGGGCUUGGUGGGUUGGCUGCAUCAGGUUUGAUGUUAGCCCCAGAUGCAUCAGCUGGUGAAAUUGCCAUGAUUGCUGAUGCAACUAGUGAUAAUAGAGGUCAGCUUCUGUUGUUUGUAGUUGCUCCUGCUAUUCUUUGGGUUCUCUACAAUAUUCUACAGCCUGCUUUGAAUCAACUCAACAGGAUGAGGUCUGAGUGAGAAAUUCAUUUGGUUGAGGUGUAAUGGCAGAAAAAAAAAAGUUUACUUGUAAAUUGUAAUUGCACCUUAUGUUAAUGAAACUCUCUUACUCCCUUUGGCUUUAA